UGCCUUCAGUUCACUCUCAGUAAGGGGCUGGUUGCCUGCAUGAGUGUGUGCUCUGUGUUACUGUGGAUUGGAGUUGAAAAAGCUUGACUGGCGUCACUCAGGAGCUGGAUGGCGUGGGACAUGUGCAGCCAGGACUCUGUAUGGAGUGACAUCGAGUGUGCUGCUCUGGUUGGUGAAGACCAGCCUCUUUGCCCAGAUCUUCCUGAACUUGAUCUUUCUGAACUAGAUGUGAAUGACUUGGAUACAGACAGCUUUCUGGGUGGACUCAAGUGGUGCAGUGACCAAUCAGAAAUAAUAUCCAACCAAUACAACAAUGAGCCUUCAAACAUAUUCGAGAAGAUAGACGAAGAGAAUGAGGCCAACUUGCUAGCAGUCCUCACCGAGACCCUAGACAGCCUCCCGGUGGAUGAAGACGGAUUGCCUUCGUUCGAUGCGCUGACAGAUGCCGACGCGACCACUGACAACGAGGCCAGCCCUUCCUCCAUGCCGCACGGCACCCCUCCCCCUCAGGAAGCAGAAGAGCCGUCUCUACUUAAGAAGCUCUUACUAGCACCGGCCAACACUCAGUUAAGUUAUAAUGAAUGCAGCGGUGUCAGUACCCACAACCAUGCAAACCAUAAUCACAGGAUCAGAACAAACCCCGCAGUUGUUAAGACUGAGAAUUCAUGGAGCAAUAAAGCGAAGAGCAUUUGUCAACAGCAAAAGCCACAAAGACGUCCCUGCUCGGAGCUUCUCAAGUAUCUGACCACAAACAAUGACCCUCCGCACACCAAACCCGCAGAGAACAGGAACAGCAGCAGAGACAAAUGCAACUCCAAAAAGAAGUUCCACUCACAGUCACAGUCGCAACAUGUGCAAGCCAAACCAACAACUUUAUCUCUUCCUCUGACCCCAGAGUCACCAAAUGACCCCAAGGGUUCCCCAUUUGAGAACAAGACUAUUGAACGAACCUUAAGUGUGGAACUCUCUGGAACUGCAGGCCUAACUCCACCCACGACUCCUCCUCAUAAAACCAACCAAGAUAACCCUUUUAGGGCUUCUCCAAAGCCAAAGCCCUCUUGUAAGACCGUGGUGCCACCACCAUCAAAGAAGGCCCGGUGCAGUGAGACUUCUUGUACCCAAGGCAGUAACUCCGCCAAGAAGGGGCCCGAGCAAUCUGAGUUGUACGCACAACUCAGCAAGUCCUCGGUGCUCGGCAGUGGGCCCGAGGAGAGGAAGCCUAAGAGGCCCAGCCUGCGGCUGUUUGGUGAUCAUGACUAUUGUCAGUCAAUUAAUUCCAAAACGGAAAUACUCGUUAAUAUAUCACAGGAGCUCCAAGACUCCAGGCAACUAGACUAUAAAGAUGCCUCCUCUGAUUGGCAGGAGCCGAUCUGCUCUUCCCCAGAUUCAGACCAGUGCUACCUGAGAGAGACGUUGGAGGCCAGCAAGCAGGUCUCUCCUUGCAGCACCAGAAAACAGCUCCAAGACCAGGAAAUCCGAGCCGAGCUGAACAAGCACUUCGGUCAUCCCAGUCAAGCUGUUUUUGACGACGAAGCAGACAAGACCAGUGAACUGAGGGACAGUGAUUUCAGUAAUGAACAAUUCUCCAAACUACCUAUGUUUAUAAAUUCAGGACUAGCCAUGGAUGGCCUGUUUGAUGACAGCGAAGAUGAAAGUGACAAACUGAGCUACCCUUGGGAUGGCACGCAAUCCUAUUCAUUGUUUGAUGUGUCGCCGUCCUGCUCUUCUUUUAACUCUCCGUGUAGAGAUUCCGUGUCACCACCCAAAUCCUUAUUUUCUCAAAGACCCCAAAGGAUGCGUUCUCGUUCAAGGUCCUUUUCUCGGCACAGGUCGUGUUCCCGAUCACCAUAUUCCAGGUCAAGAUCAAGGUCCCCAGGCAGUAGAUCCUCUUCAAGAUCCUGCUACUACUACGAGUCAAGCCACUACAGACACCGCACACACCGAACUUCCCCCUUGUAUGUGAGAUCACGUUCAAGAUCACCCUACAGCCGUAGGCCCAGGUAUGACAGCUACGAGGAAUAUCAGAACGAAAGGCUGAAGAGGGAAGAAUACCGCAAAGAGUAUGAGAAGCGGGAAUCGGAAAGGGCCAAGCAAAGGGAGAGACAGAGGCAGAAGGCAAUUGAAGAGCGCCGCGUGAUUUAUGUGGGUAAAAUCAGACCUGACACAACACGGACAGAACUGAGGGACCGUUUUGAAGUUUUUGGUGAAAUUGAGGAGUGCACAGUAAAUCUGCGGGAUGAUGGAGACAGCUACGGUUUCAUUACCUACCGAUAUACCUGUGAUGCUUUUGCUGCUCUUGAAAAUGGAUAUACUUUGCGCAGGUCGAACGAAACAGACUUCGAGCUGUACUUUUGUGGACGCAAGCAAUUUUUCAAGUCUAACUAUGCAGACCUAGAUUCAAACUCAGAUGACUUUGACCCUGCUUCCACCAAGAGCAAGUACGACUCUCUGGAUUUUGAUAGUUUACUGAAAGAAGCUCAAAGAAGCUUGCGCAGGUAACAUGUUCCCUGGCGGAGGAUGACAGAGGGCUGGUGAAUACCUCACGGGACAGUGCGCCCUUCCGUAACAGACAACUGAAAGUCAUACUUAGGAAUUUCUCCUCCUUUACACUCUCUGUACAAAAACAAACAACAACAGCAACAAUACAACAACAACAACAACAACAAUGGUUUACAUGAACACAGCUGCUGAAGAGGCAAGAGACAGAAUGCUAUCCAGUAAGCACAUGUUUAUUCAUGGGUGUCAGUUUGCUUUCCCCGGAGUCUCUUGGUGAUGGUGUGUGUGUGUGUGUGUAUGUGUGUGCAUGUGUGCUUGCCUGGUUUGGGGGAAGUAUGCGUGCGUGCCUGUGGGGACUGAGGGCACCUGACCAGAGCGUGCAAGGGCAAACCACUUCAAAUGGCAGCAGUUCCGUGAAGACACACCUAAAACCUAGAACUUCAAAAUGUUCGUAUUCUAUUCAAAAGGAAAAAAAAAAAAUGUCAGUUUAAAAGGAAAGAAAACUAAUCAACCAAUCAACCAACCGCAAACCACCCUAAAGUGACAAUUGCUGGUGUCUGAACAUCGGCCUCCGUACUCUAUUUUUUAAGAAAGUGCAAAAUCAACUCGAAGCAAGCUUCCUCUUGCAACAUAAUGAUUAUAUGACAAUCCCGAAGAAACCACAGGUUCCUAGAACUAAUAUCCUGUCUCUCUCUCUCUCUCCCUGUCUCUCUCUCUCUCUCCCUCUCUCUCUCUCUCUUCUUUUUUCUUUUUCCUUUUUCCUUUUGCCAUGGAAUCUGGUGGGAGAGGAUACUGUGGGCACCAGAAUGCUAUACUUUCCUAACAUUUUGAAGUUUCUAUAGUUCGUCCUUUGUCCUGACACCCAUGUAAAUGUUCAAAAUGUUGACCUUCCACGACAAAUUUUAGCAGCCUUGUUAACGGUCAAGCGUGUCGCUUGUUCAGUGGUUCUCUCUGAGGAGUGGACACGGUGUUACAGUACUAAUGAGAGUUGGGUAGAACUCUCUGAGAUGUGUUCAGAUAGUGUAAUUGCUACAUUCUCUGAUGUCGUUAAGUAUUUACAGAUGUUAAAUGGAGUAUUUUUAUUUUAUGUACAUACUAUACGACGAUGUUCUGUUUUGUUACAGCUAUGCACUGUAAAUGCAGCCUUCUUUUCAAAACUGCUAAAUUUUUCUUAAUCGAGAAUAUUCAAAUGUAAUUAUGAGGUAAAACAAUUAUUGUACACUAACAUAUUUAGAAGCUGAACUUACUGCUUAUAUAUAUUUGAUUGUAAAAAACAAAGACAGAGUGUGUGUCCGUUGAGUGCAACCACAAAACAAUGCUCCACGCACAUCCACCCCUCCUUAGGUGAGCUUCCAUCUCAGCAUCUGGUCGAGAAGCAGCCUCGUCCCCUACAGGUGUAACCACUUCUGCAAUGGUUUUCCACAUUUUCUUGUUGCUUGUUUUUCUUUGAAGUUUUAUACACUGGAUUUGUUAGGGGAAUGAAAUUUUCUCAUCUAAAAUUUUUCUAGACAAUAUCAUGAUUUUAUGUAAAGUCUCUCAAUGGGUAACCAUUAAGAAAUGUUUUUAUUUUCUCUAUCAACAGUAGUUUUGAAACUAGAGGUCAAAAUCUUUUUAAAAUGCUGUUUUGUUUUAAUUUUUGUGAUUUUAAUUUGAUACAAAAUGCUGAGGUAAUAAUUACAGUAUGAUUUUUACAAUAAUUAAUGUGUGUCUGAAGACUAUCUUUGAAGCCAGUAACUCUUUUCCCUUGGCAGAGUAUGAUGAUGGUAUUUAUCUGUAUUUUUUACAGUUAUGCAUCCUGUAUAAAUACUGAUAUCUCAUUCCUUUGUUUACUAAAGAGACAUAUUUAUCAGUUGCAGAUAGCCUAUUUAUUAUAAAUUAUGAGAUGAUGAAAAUAAUAAAGCCAGUGGAAAUUUUCUACCUAGGAUGCAUGGCAAUUGUCAGGUUGGAGUGUAAGUGCUUCAUUUGGGGAAUUCAGCUUUUGCAGAAGCAUUGUUUCUACUUGCACUAGCAUGGCCUCUGACGUGACCAUGAUGUUGUUCUUGAUGACAUUGCUUCUGCUAAAUUCAAUAAAAACUUCAGAAAAAACUCCAUUCUGAGCAUCAGGAUGUCGUCUGAGUGUGGAGUCCCUGGAAUGGAAUUCUCUAACAUUUGGAGUGUGUAUUUCAAGUUUCUGAGUUGAGAUUCGAUUACUGUUUGGCUGACAUGACUUUUCUGGAAGACACGAUAUACCUACUACUUAACCGUUCUUUUCCUCUCUCUCACCCAACACGAUCUUAUAAAAUGGGUUUCCACCCCCAGGCCAAUGCGGCUAAUUUUGACAGCUGCAUCAUUUAUCACCAGCAUAUUGUGUUCUGAGUGAAUCCACUGUCUGUCCUGUCGGAUGCUUGCUUGAUUUUUUGGCUUCUUAUUUCUAAGUAGAUAGAAAGCAAUAAAAAUACUAUGAAAUACAAGAACUUGUUCAAAGGUUCUGCGUUACAACAGUAACACAUCCUUAAUCCGCCUAAUUCUUGUUGUUCUGUAGGUUAAAUGCAGGUAUUUUAACUCUGUGUGAACGCCAAACUAAAGUUUACAGUCUUUCUUUCUGAAUUUUGAGUAUCUUCUGUUGUAGAAUAAUAAUAAAGACUAUUAAGAGCAAUAAAUUAUUUUUAAGAAAUCAAUAUUUAGUAAAUCCUAUUAUGUGUUCAAGGACCAGCUGUGUUCUCUAUUUUGCCUUUAAAUUUUUGUGAUCCAAUUUAAAAUACAUUCUCCUUUUUUGCCCUGGAUUGUUGACAUGAGUGAAAUACUUGGUUUCUUUUCUUACUUAUCCAGAAAAAAAAAAAAAAAAGACAUUACAGAUUCCACCUGGAGAAUUCAUUUAUCUCCCCCCUCUGGCCUCACAAAUGUUGUUCCUAUGAAGAUAGUUUUCCUCCAUGGACUUCGAAUUGCAUCUAAAAUUAGUGGAGUUUUGUUUCUUGUGCAGACACUGUGGGUAGCCCAUGAAAAUAUAAGCUGUGUUCCUUUUACUUUUAAAUCUUUGGGAGAGAAUAUUUCAAAUGAACAUGUGUACCCCAUCAUCGCUAGAGGCAAAUUUCAGCAUAGAUCUGUAAGGUUUCUAGAUGACCGUGGGCCGUUGCCUUCAUGCUGUGGUAAGUACCACAUCUACAAUUUUGGUAACUGAACUGGUGCUUUAGAAAUGUGGGGUUUUUUUUUUUUUAAAAUUUGUUGGUUUGUUUUAAAGAGAUGUAGCAGAAUAAUUCUUCCAGUGUAACAAGAUCUGUUUUGGCUAAACAAUGCCGUGACCGACGGUAGGGCUGUCAACAUUCAGGGUAGCAGAGAGGAACGUCUCCUUGUCGGGGUAUAAUGUUUGGGUCAGUUGACAAAAAAAGGAAAGCUUCCCAUGCCUGUAGAUGUUGAGCUUACUGUAGGUAAUGAUUAUGUGUCCUUUUUCGAUGGCUGUAACGAGAACUUCAAUCACUGUAGUCUAAGACCUGAUCUAUAGAUGACCUAGAAUAGCCAUGUAAUAUAAUGUGAUGAUUCUAAAUUUGUACCUAUGUGACAGACAUUUUCAAUAAUGUGAACUGCUGACUUGAUGGAGCUACUUUAAGAUUGUAGGUGAAAGUGUAAUACUGUUGGUUGAACUAUGCUGAAGAGGGAAAGGGAGCGAUUAGUUGAGCCCUUACUGGGCUUUUAUUUCCACCUGCCAAUUCUACAUGUAUUGUUGUGGUUUUAUUCAUUGUAUGAAAAUUCCUGUGAUUUUUUUUUUAAAUGUGCAGUACACAUCAGCCUCACUGAGCUAAUAAAGGGAAACGAAUGUUUCAAAUCUACUUCUGCUUUUCUUAUUUAUCGUAACCCAACUGCUGGCAUGUUUCUCAGAUCAGUACACAUUACUCACUUGUUAUUAUUCUAUUUCCUCUCCGGCUUGCUCUUCCUUUCGCACUGCUUUUCCAUAUUCAUGGAUGCAUUUCAACUUUCAGGUAAUGUGCACCUUCUGUAUUUUACUCUGUCUCCUUUCAAAUGGCAAAGGCAGAGGUGGUAAUUUCUAUAAUGAACAUCCAGAGAUGAAAAGUGACAAGGGCCUUUAUC